UGGGGCCGGCCGCGGGAGGGGCCGGCGAGGGUCUCUGGUGCUGUACUGCCGGCCGGAGCGAGGGAGGGCGGGGAGACCUUUACUGUCCCCGCUCCGAGAGAGGCCGCGACGGCUGUGCAGCGGCCGGCGGCCAAUGCGAAAUUGGUUGGUACUUCUCUGCCCGUGUGCGGUCGGGGUCGUGCUGCACCUCUGGCUUCUCCUCCUCAGCUGCCCGGCCAGCGGCCCCGGGAAGCAACACCCGGCAGGUCUACUGGCUUUCUUUCCUCAUUGGAAACCAAAACAUUAUGAUGUUAUUGUAGGGAUACUUUCUGCACGACACAAUGAUGGACUACGGAAUGCUAUAAGGAAUACUUGGUUUAGGCAUUUGAAGCAGCACCCAACAUUAAGCCAUCGUGUCCUUGUGAAGUUUAUAAUUGGUACCCAUGGAUGUCAUGUGCCAGUAGAAGAUAGAGAAGAUCCCUAUUCAUGCAAACUUCUAAAUAUCUCUAAUCCAGUUUUGAAUCAAGAAAUUGAAGCCUUCACUUUGCCAGAGGAUGAUACUUCGGUGUUUUCAGAAGACCGAGUGGUCAGCGUGCAUUUCAAAGUCCUUUAUCCAAUUGUCAUCACCAGUCUUGGGGUGUUCUACGAUGCGAAGGGUGUUGGAUUCCAGAGAAACAUUACAGUGAAACUGUACCAAGCAGAGCAAGAGGAGGCACUCUUCAGCGCUCGUUUUAGUCCACCUAGUUGUGGAGUGCAAGUGAACAAACUUUGGUACAAACCUGUAGAACAGUUCAUUCUGCCAGAGCCUCCAUACACUGGAUCAAGACUUUCACUAUUUGCUAUUCAGUCUAAGAGUUUUGAAGGCACCAUUGUAUGGGAAAGCCAGGAUCUGCAAGGCCUUGUUUCUAGAAAUCUUCAUAAAGUGAUGGUGAAUGAUGGCGGUGGUGUCUUCAGAAUCAUUACGGCAGGAGAAGGAUCACUACCACAUGAAUUUACACAAGGUGUGGAGGGGAUUGCAGGUGGCUUUAUUUAUACUAUUCAAGAAGGUGAGACACUUUUACAAACCCUGCAGGGUCGCUCUGAAAGAUUCCUAAAUCAUAUGAACAAACUAGAAAAGGAGGAUGCCUUACUAAAGGAAGAAAGCAACACUUACGAUGAUAUAGUUUUUGUUGAUGUUGUUGAUACUUACAGAAAUGUUCCAGCCAAAUUACUGAAUUUCUACCGAUGGACUGUAGAAGCUGCAAGUUUUGACGUCCUGCUGAAGACAGAUGAUGACUGCUACAUAGAUUUAGAGACAAUAUUUAACAGAAUAAAGCUUAAAAACUUGGGCAGACCAAAUAUCUGGUGGGGAAAUUUCAGAUUAAAUUGGGCAGUUGAUCGGACUGGGAAGUGGCAAGAGUUGGAAUACCCAGGUCCUGCAUAUCCAGCUUUUGCUUGUGGGUCUGGUUAUGUUAUUUCCAAAGAUGUUGUAGAAUGGCUAGCAAGCAAUUCUGAAAGACUCAAAAUAUAUCAGGGUGAAGAUGUGAGCAUGGGUAUUUGGAUGGCAGCCAUUGGGCCAAAAAGAUACCAGGACAAUCUCUGGUUGUGUGAGAAGACUUGUGAGAGUGGUAUGCUGUCCUCGCCUCAGUAUUCUGCUCAAGAGCUUGAAGAGCUGUGGAAAAUAAAGGAACGCUGUGGAGACCCCUGCAAAUGUGAAGAAAAAUGAAGGGUGGCAAACACUCUAAGGAAAACGUUAGAAAGGAUAGGAAGGGAAAGCCUCAAAACAGAUGUUCCAUCAGCCUCCUGUGUAGUCUGUUGCUGGUGACAAAGUAUGAGUAUGUCGCUAGCCAAUUUAUGCUUCUAUUCCACUGGUUACAUACAGUGUAUGUUCAUUUCAAUAUGGCAGUAAACUACAGACAAGCU